AUGGAGAACCGAACGACGAGACAGGAGGUGAUCACAGCACUGAAGAUGAUGAAUGGUAAAUCGACAAGGCCAGAUGGAAUACCGGUUGAAUUGCUGGAGAGGAUCCUAGAUAGCAGACUAAGACAGGUAGUCCACAUCGGAAGGCAUCAACUUGGAUUUAUGAAGGGAGUUGGAACGGUUGACGGCAUCUUCUCGCUCAGGCAAACUAUGGAGAAACAUCAUGAAAAGCAAAAGGUGCUGCAUAUGGCUUUCAUUGACUUAGAGAAAGCAUAUGACAGUGUACCACGCCAAGAAGUCGGCUUACAUCAGGGGUCGGCACUAAGUCCACUACUAUUCAACAUAGUAUUUGAUGUCAUCAAUGAAAAUGUGCGUGAAGAUCCGCCUUGGUGUAUACUCUACGCUAAUUACAUUGUCUUGGUGGCCGAGAGUAGAAGAACACUAGAGAGGAAACUAGAAGAAUGGAGAGUUGCGUUGGAAAGUAGAGGAAUGAGGAUUAGUAAAUCCAAAACGGAAUACUUUACGACGGAUACGAGUGACGACCAGCAAGCUACAAUUAAGUUGAAUGGUAUAGAAUUGAAGAGAGUAAAAAGCUUUAGAUCAGUGGUAGAUGAGACAGUAGGAAUGGAGAGGAAAGUGAACUUUAGAAUCCAGUGUGGUUGGAACAAUUGGAAGAAAGUCUCUGGCGUGAUAUGUGACAAGAGAGUACCAGUGAGACUGAAAGGUUCAUAUGAAGACUAUUACCAGGCUAUUCCAAAACUGUCAGCUUACUUUUGGCCAUCCAUGUCUUAUCAGUCUUUGCAGUGUGCCUCAGACCAUGAUACCAUCAUCACCACGCCCAACUCUGGGAUUCAGGCAUUCGGGAAGCUCCUUUGUGAAGAACAGCUUUCACACUGUCUUCCAUACUCCGUCUAG